AUGUCUUGGCUUCUUGCUGAUUUUAAGAAACGCAUGAAUGAUGCGAAAUCGACGAUUGAACAAAGUUUUAAAGAAGCGGCUAAUUAUGGGGUGGCAUCAACUGAAGAGAAUUCUGAUGUCGUCGAAAACCCGAAAGAACAGAAGAUCGAAGAAACGGUGACUUCGGACGAAUCCGGUGGAAUGAAACAAUCAAUGUCGUCCCUUUUUGGAGGUCUCAAAGUUUCUGGCGGCGUCGCCUCGACGAAGCUCUUCGAAUAUGCGAAGGAUGCGACGAAGAAAUUGGAAAACGUCAAGAAUGCUGUCAUUGAAAAUUCGCUUCUUGCUGAUUUGAACAAGGAGCAGACGGAAUUCGAGAAGCAGCUUCAGACGGAAAGAGAGAAGACGCAGGGAGUCGAGUUGCCGUGGCAUGGGUUGCCGGAUGAGGAGCUCGCCAAAAAGCAAAUGCUCUCCUUGUCAACCGAUACGAGAAACUUUUUGAGAGAUUCGCCGGCGAACAGCGAAUAUUCUUAUGAUCAGCAACAGGCGAUGGCAACGAUUCUGUUGGAGACGGAUCCGAAUUUGGCUAAUGUCCGAUUCCAACUUGUUCCCAAACAAAUUAAGGAGAACAAAUUCUGGCAAAACUACUUCUACCGAAUUGGAUUGAUUAGACAAUCGAUGAUGGCUCAGGAAGCACCAAAGAAAGUCGUUGAGGCUGAAGAGCAACAGUCGAAAGUUGAGGAGAAGGCUGAAGAGAAGAGUUGUGCGAAGGUCGUUGCUGAAGAAACAUCGAGCUCAUCGGAGCCCGAAAAAAUUGAUGAAACUGAGAAGCUUGAAGAAACUACGACGACCGAGCAGCCGGACGGCGGUGAAGCGACAUUGACAAGUGUUGACGAGGAAUGGGAACGAGAAAUUCUUGCUGAUCUCAAUGAUUAUGAAGAUGUCGUCGAGAAAACUGGAGGAAAAGAUGAGGAAGCUUGGGAAGCCGAAAUGCAGAAUUUACUAAUGGAUUAA